AGAGCGGCCAUCUUGUCGAGGCUCAGUCGGAAACCAACUGCCGAGCAGCGAGGAACGGUGACGUGGUAGAGAGAGAGAGAGAGAGAGAGAGAGGCCAGAUGUGUUAGACAGAAGGGUUUUUAAUGCGCUUCCGAGCCCGAUUGCCGCUACGUGCGAGAGGCUGUGCGAUAGCGACGACGGAGCCACGACGACCAUCGCGGGAUUUUCGCGUGCGAAAAGACCCGGUACAUCCGGUUAAAAACUGCCUUCAGCAGAGGAGGAGCUGCGGAGGAGCGGAUAGAAGAGGAGGAGGUAGCCGAGAGCAGGAGAAGGUUCUGGCGAGAGGCUGACGACGAGAGCUUUGGCUUCUCAUCGGAAAGGCUUGGUGGCCGCUUCUUGGUUACGAGCGAGGAGAGAAAGAAAGGAGGAAGAAUUAGCGCGGAGGAUGACCGACCGAGAGAAAGUGCAGUGUCAAAGUCUGUGAUAGUAUUUAUAUAUAAAAAAAAAAAAGAAAAACAAAAUCGACAUCAGCACCUGUGGACGUGUCAUCGUCGUUCGCGAAAAUAAGGGAGGACGAAUAACCGCGCGGAGGAGAGAGAUAUAUAGAGAGAUAGGCUUUAUAUAUUUAUUUAUAUCUGUGAUAUCGACGCUGAUAUACAUCGACUUUCUUCGGGAGGAGUAAACGAGAGAGCGAGAGAGAGAGAGAGAGAGAGAGAGAGAGAGAGAGAGAGAGAUCGCUCCGAAGAGCGAGAUUAUAUCAGUAUCUUAGUGGAUAGGCUUUUUUGUAUAUACGACUGACUCUUUUUUAUAAUUAUUGCCACCGGUGCGAAUUAGAAGAGCGCAGAGAACCUAUCGCUCGGACAGAUCUCUCUCGAGAAUCAGUGAACCGGAAGUAUUCUCCGAUCUUUCCCGGACGAUCGUUCGACGACAGCGGAGAGUACGCCGAGAGGAAACAUGGUGGAGAAAAUUCUGGAGGAGAGAGAGGACGGCACUCAAGAGGCCGGACGAGGGGAUGGCACCUGCCGGGAUGUAGCUUCCACUGGGGAGUCCAUGAGCGCGGUGCAGGCUCGUCAGGAAGAGGCGAGACGCAAAAGGCGCAGGAAGAGACGCUCCGGCUCGUCCGUGGUCUCCUCCUGCUUCCAAGAACUGUACAAGCUGACUGGAGAAAUUCUCGGGGAAGGUGCUUACGCUUCGGUCCAGACCUGCACGUCCUUGUACACGGAUCUCGAGUACGCCGUGAAGAUCAUCGACAAGAUACCUGGACACGCGCGUGGCAGGGUGUUCAAGGAAGUCGAGACGUUCCAUCAUUGCCAGGGCCACCCGAACAUCAUUCAGCUGAUCGAGUUCUUCGAGGAUGAGGAGAGGUUCUACCUCGUAUUCGAGAAGAUCAACGGAGGCCAAUUGUUGAACAGAAUUCAAGAACGGGUUCACUUCACCGAGAGAGAAGCGAGUCAAAUCGUCAAAGAGAUUGCGAGCGCGUUGGACUUUCUUCAUAAGAAAGGGAUCGCUCAUAGAGAUCUCAAGCCCGAGAACCUCUUGUGCGUGUAUCCGGACAAGUUGACGCCGAUCAAGGUAUGCGACUUUGAUCUUGGAUCAGGAAUCAAGUUCAACAACUCGCUGUCUAGUCCUGUGGCAACGCCGCAACUUUUGACGCCGGUGGGCAGCGCCGAGUUUAUGGCGCCGGAAGUAGUCGAGGCCUUCAUCGGCGAGGCCAAUUACUACGACAAACGUUGCGAUCUCUGGAGCCUCGGGGUCAUCAUGUACAUUCUGCUCUGCGGCUAUCCGCCCUUCUACGGAAACUGCGGCACCGACUGCGGCUGGGGCAGGGGAGAGAAUUGUCAGGCCUGUCAGGAACUGCUGUUCACCAGCAUCCAGGAAGGCAGAUAUGAGUUUCCGGACAAGGAGUGGAGAUGCAUCUCCGAGGACGCGAAGGAUUUGAUCAGAGGCUUGCUCGUCAAGGAGGCACACCAGAGGUUCAGCGCCGAUAGUAUUUUGAAGCAUCCCUGGAUUAAUCCCGGACCGACUUCCGUCGAAACUGGCGAUCGAUCACUUACCACGCCUCAUAUCAUAAGGAGGAACAACUCCGCAAGAGAACUCUCAGCGUUCGCUGAGUCCGCAAUGGCUGUGAAUCGUGUGGUACUUCAGCAUUUCUCUCUAAAUCUCGAGGAGCUGACGGAGAACCGGGAGCCUAGACUGUCCACGUCCUCUACGGACGACGACAAUCAUCCGUACGGUCACAUGUCCGACUCGAGCAGCGAAUUGUCCGAGAACAGCAAGCACUUGACGACGCAUUCCUCGAGCGAGUUCGACGGCACGCGACAAAAGUCCUGCUCCGGGCGUUCCAGCGUCGAUCUGAACGACACGAAGAUCAUCGGUAAGAAUCGCGUCAUAGGCAAAGACUCGCUGCAGAACUGGUUCGGGCUAUCGCCGCCCACCGAGAGUCGUCUGAUGCAGCGUCGUUUGAAGGCACGUUCCGAUCUACUCGAACGUCAGACCGGCAAAGCGGUGAUCGCGUCCCCGAGUGGCUGAGAGGUCGCCCUAGUACCGCCGAUCGCUCUUUCUCAUUACAGAUUACAGUAUCACUUGUCUCUUUGUAGCUACGUGAGGACGCGAACGAUGUACAAUACUUUUUUCCAAUGGCUUAGGAAGCUAACGUAUAGCCGUAAGUCGAGUCUCUGAUUCUGCGCGGAUGUAACGAGAGAACAGGCUCAAUCCAUUUACGAUAGUUGACGACAGCGAUAAUAAUUGAAUUUAAAAAAAAAAAAAGUAUUUUCGCCGGGUAAAAUGAUCGAAAAGAGUUAUCUCACCGUUAUAUCUUUUCCUUCUUUUCAGUAGCUGUUAAGCUUCUUUUGUUUUAAAUUUUUGUUUCUUUUUUUUUUAGCAGACAGUUUGAUGACAACCAGAUUAUUUUUUCUUUCCAAGAUAGAAUUCCAGUUGUCGACUAUUAACUGCAAAUUGAUUGAAUAAUACGCGACGCAGCAUAUUACAGUUGUAACAUUAUGUAGCAUAACUAUUAAAGUAAUGUAUAAAAUAAGGGAUUUACAUAGGUAUUUUUGUUUAGAGUGUAAAUCUUGAUUGUAAUAAUCAUAUAAUAUAUGCGCUUGCAACUGUGCAUCUAAGCAUAUCCUUGCGAUACGCAAGGAAAAUAUUUAUCAUGAUCGGUACAAAAAAAAGAAAAUAUAAAGAUAAUAUUAUGUCGCAGUUCGACGUUGCAUUCGACGCGCGAACAAGUCUUGGAAAUAAAAGCAAAUCUGAUUUCAUCAAACAUCGCGUAAUCUUUGCUGCUGCGUGUUACUAGUUACUCACGCAGUUAUAUAUAUUGUUACAUAUUGUACAGAGCUAUCUACACGACACGCGCAUCCAGCACACAAUUGUGUCAUCGUCAUUCGCGAAUGGAAAAUCGACUUUCAAAUAUUUUAAUCGUGUUUACGUGUCAGCAUUCAUAUGCAAACGAGUACCGGUAUUGCAAAACAUCCCGUAGAUGAUUCGGAAGUGCAUUUGAUGAUGCGAUCUUAUCCUUUCGCUACGUAUCAAACACGUACGAUAAAAUACAAAACGCGCGUUUAUGUGUAGACAGAUUAUAUUAACAAAAAAAAAAGAGGGAGCAAAGGUGAAGACCCUCGUAAUCGUGAUAAUUCGUGUGCUGCUCUAACGCACGAAUGCUUUAUUACGUAAAUAUUCUUUUUUUUAUUUGUUUGCGAAAUCCCUUUCAGUUAAAAAGAACAAAAAAAACAAAAAAAAAAUCGACGAACACAACUGACGCAAGGCGAAAAACAUGUUCCUUUUACUGCUUUUUUGAUAUUGUUUCAAGUAUAUUCGAGCCAUAAUAUACAUACAUACAUACAUAUAUGUACAUGUAUAUACAUAUAUUUAUAUAUACAUAUAUAUGUGUAUACAUAUAUGUAUAUAUUCUCGAUCGGAAUAAACGGAGUGAACGUGUCUCAGCCCACAGGUGCAGAUUAUAGUUUGCUCAUAUUAUAGAUUAAUAGAAACGCGAUAGGUCAUAAGUCAACGCGAGAUUUCAAAGCGACAAUUCAAAGGAUGGUGGAAGCGCGGAAGUGGAUGGAAAAAAAAGAGAGAAUGGCCGCUCAAAAACUUUAACUAUGCAAUUUCGCAUUUCUGUUAAAUUUCACGUUUAUCGGGAAUAAUGAUGUUAUACAAAUUUUUCGUAGAAUUUUAUCGACUUUAAAAUUGUUUUAAAAUUGUGUUAACGCCAGAGAGAGAGUUCAAUUCCCCGAUAAUGCUUUAUAUAUUUUUUUUCUAAACAAAUAGAGUUUGCGUUCUUCUAAAGUUUUGUUAAUUAUCCACGAAAACAAAAGGUUGCGUGAUAAAAGAAGUUUCACUUUGGUUCGUGUAGAGACAAAUUGUCGAUACUUUUUUGUUUCUUUUGCCUAAUAAUCGCGCAUUUUAUAGAGAAAAGAAAAAGGAAUAAAGAAUUACUCUCAUUCACUUCUCGCUGAUGAUGGUGGACCGAUUUUACUCAGGGCAGCUGGGAAGAGACCGCUGCGUACGUUAUUCUACAUAAACAUACGCUCGUACAAUUUUGAGAGAAGCUGGGAGAAAAAUGUAAAGAGCUCUAUUUGUAAGAUUUACAGAGCGCGCAGUUCCUCUCCGCGAUUGUAACACGUCAGAAUCUUGUAAUUUUGAGAGAAAGAAGGCGAGGGAGGACUGCGAACGUGUAAUAUGCGUUUGUACAUUAUAAUUGCAUCAUUGGAAACUUUCUUAGAAAGUCAUUCGCUUGCUGUAGGCGGGUACGGCUUUUGUCAACUUCUGUCUUCUUUGUACUUUGUAAGUACUGGUAAGAAUAAAGAUUAGUGUUUAUAGCGCA